AUGGACCCAAUAUGUCGCAAGGGUUUUCAAUACGAAAAUAACGUAUUCUACGCCCUCCCCUCCCCAAACACCCGUCAUCGCCGCGCAAGCAUCGACGAGCUCCGCACCUUUUUUAGAGCAAAAGCCUCUAUCCUCGACCAGCCGGUUAACUGGUUCAAGGCACAGCUGCUACACUAUGGACUCCCGCCCACAGAUCACAAGAGCACCGCGGCGAUGCCGUUGCUGGAUGCUUUGAAUCGGGACGAACUAGAGGUUCCGUUUCACGUGGACGUGUUGCAGUUGGAGAUGAAAAGGGAGUGGGAGAGACAGGUGAAAGAGAAGGAGAAGGCCAAGAAGAAGUCUACUGGGACUAAGGGCGUAAAGAGAAAGAUUGAUGAUGAGGGGGUGGCCGUGUCCUGCGCGGGGUUGAAUUUGAAUAUCAACCUUCGUCUUGGGCAGGGGGAUCAGAAGAAGGUGAUGGUGAAGGAGGAAGAGGUGGCACCUCAUGGUUAUUACUCAUCGUCACUGAGGCCUGGGCGACAUGGGUAUAGAAUGGAGCAGCAACAGCCACCGAGCAAUCUACCCUCCUCACGCGUCACAUUAGGCCUUCUUAAUGGUAAUUACAAGAUCGACUCCCAAGCCUUCGACACCCGCAACUCGGGUAUGAUACUCUGUCUCGACGGAUCCAGUAUCUGGGGCGAAUUCCAGCUCGGCCCAAUAGAAGGUAUCCUCUUCAUGCCCAACCGUCCUUACCAAAUCAUGUACGCUGGUGAGGGCAGCUGUUUCUUUGAAUGGCGUGCGCGGGACACAGAAAUGGACCAUGUGAGCUGCGGAUCGGGGGAGAUUCGAUUUCUAGGAAAUGGCUCUGUUGAGGGAAGUUUUUGUGGUCUUUUGCCGUUUGGAUAUGAGGAUUGUGAAUUCUGGGGGCUUCGGACUUCGGGGAAGAAUGAGACUAGGGCUGCGAGGGAUGCGUGGAGCAUGAGGGCUGAGUAUCAGGAUCUCGGUGAUGAGUUUUAA